AUGUUGGAUGUCAUUCCAUCAACUGAGGAAAUCAAGAAAACUCUGUUUGAAAUGGACCCUGAUAGCUCUCCAGGACCUAAUGGGUACUCUGGAAGCUUUUACAAAGCUUGUUGGCACAUAAUUCAAGAUGAUGUAGUAAAUGCAGUACAAUUUUGCUGGAGAAGAAGAUUCAUCCCAAAAGGCUUAAACUCAAAUUUCAUUGUUCUGCUUUCAAAAGUUGAAGGUGCUAGAUCUCCUAAUCAGUUCAGACCAAUUGGGCUCAGCAAUGUAAGUUUCAAAAUCUUUACUAAGAUCAUUAGUUCAAGAAUAUCUACUUUGAUGCAUAAACUUAUUUCUCCCCGACAAGCUGCGUACAUUAAAGGGAAAAAUAUUCAGGAUCAAAUUGCUCUUGCUUCUGAGAUGGUAAAUGAAAUGAAGAAGAAAAUGAGAGGAGGGCCAAAUGGCUUCUUUUCUGUUGGAAGGGGACUUAGACAAGGAGACCCAUUAUCUCCAACUUUGUUUGUUCUCAUAGAAGAUGUACUUAGUAGGAAUAUUUCAAAAAUGGUAGAGGAAGGAAAGAUAGCUCCAUGGUGA